AACGCGCAGAUCUCCAGAUAACGUAUCACCGUGCCUUAUAUGUAUUUGUAUGAAAUAUGUCUCCGCUUUUAUAACACUCCAUACGUUUCCAUGAUGCGAAUCUGUUAAGUACAAUAUGUGACACUGUUCGAAAAUAAGUUUUGAAAUCGUAAAAUGCAAAAGUGGAUCACGUUCGCUUGUUUUUUUGUGUUCGCCUGCGCCGAGUCUGUCAGUGACUAUGAAGAACAGUGUUUCGCUAUAAAUUGCAUAGGAGUGGAAUAUGAAUGUAUAAAAGGGAAAUGUUACUGCGCCGAUGGAUUCGUACCAAACCAGUUCCAUGAUCGUUGUGUGCCAUGUCCAGGACUAGGAGAAAAAUGCUUCGGCCCCUGUUGUAAUAGAUACGGAAAUGGCACACUUCAAUGUUGGCAAGGAAAAUGUCAACAAUGCUAUGAUUCUUAUGGGAAUUUUGUUUGUAGAGACGGCAUUGACCAAAUUCUGCUGAUUUCAACGACGCAAAUAGUUAUGGGAUCUGCAUUAAUUCUCGGAAUCAUAGCUACAUUCAUACUGCUUUACAAAUUAUGUGCGGCGACUACCAUCGGGCCUUUUGGGGGCGAAUUCGAACAGAACAGCCAACGUCUAUCGAUAGGCAGCCUCCAGGUGUACGUUGAAGAGAGAUUACGGGAUGCACCACCAAGGUAUUCCAGGACACCAACAACGGAUAUAGCCGUGUAUCCAGCUAUAGCAUAUCUGAACUCCGGAUUUAUACACGAUAGUAGUAUACCUCCUCCGCCAUACACAGAAGAGAAGUUAGAAGAAAACACACAUAAUACAGUGCACAUAUAACUGAAAAGAAAAUUGUAAUUGGUUUUUAAAAUUUGUACAUACUUGUUAAAUAUAUUGAAGUGAUCUGCCACCUU